GCCAGCGCAGCCAGCGUUCGAGACCUUCGGAGACGAGGCCCGAAAAUUUGUCCCGGAAACCGAUUCGUUCGUCUUGUCGCAUGCAACCGACUCCGCGUUCCGAGUCAGCGAAGCUAAGCCCUUGCAAGUUCCAGAGCCCGCUUCUCCUUGCCCUUAGCGAACGCGGUGUCAGGAUGUCCGUCAUCAUGGGGGGCCUGUUUCCUGCUCUAUACCUGGGCGCGUUCGGCAGGACGCGCUGCUCAGAUUCAUCCAGUGUGAACCCGACCGACCCCGGGUAUUGCUCGCCGAUAGCUCGAGCUACCGUGCAGCGACAGCCGCGUCCGUACUUCAUCAAGGUGCAGGAGCAGGAAUGGACCCGAGCUCCCGGAACGCCUCACGGCAGCGUCGCUUACUGCGCCGUGCCGACAAACUUCGGAGCGCCAUCGCAGGUUUACAUGUGGACCUACCAGGAGUCACGACCCGAUUCGCCGCAAGAGCCUGCCAUUCCACGCCACGAGGCGGAUUCUGUGAACAGCAAAAGCUACGCCAGGAUGUGCCGCCUGGCGGUCGUCGCUUUAGCUCUGGCCAAGGUCGGGGUCCCGGUAGCCGCGGUAGCCAGAAGUGUUAGUCGCAAUGUCAAGAACGACACGGCAACCGUCAAGGCCGGAAAUGUGAUGUUUAAGGGUGCCAGUGCCAUAGGACUCCAAAGCAAUGUCAGGCCGCACACCACGUCUUCCCCGACCAGCACGACAUCUGCUGCUGCUGCCAUAGGACCCAGGGGCAAUUCCACGGUCACGGCGCCAAGAGAGGCGGGUCAUUACAAGCGCUGCGGAGGUACCGGCCAGGGCUGGAAGGCGAACCUGUCGUCGUCGUCGUCGUCGUCGUCAUCGUCGUCGUUGUCGUCGUCGUCGCAGUCAUCGUCGUCGUUGUCGUCGUGGCUCGCGACGACCGGCACCACGUGGCCGACGUCGGAGUCCACAGGCUGCGAGGUGCCCUGCGAACCACUGCUACACAACGUGGGCGGCCUGACGACGCAGAGGCAGCGCACAGUCGCCACGACUCCCGCACGCGCGCGUAUAACGGAGGGCGCUGCUGCCUCUGUGGACUCGUCGACUUCGCAGGCACCGGACGCGAUGGUGGCGGCUACCAGCUCCGCAAUAGCUUCCAGCGCAGGGAAGACCGAGUGCGAAGACACGGGCAGUAACAGGCGAAAAGGUGCCCCGAACCAUUCUUGGUGACCUGGAACCUCGCACAAUGGACGCAUUGUUGUCGGAAGCGUUUGGGCAGCUAGACCGUCCAGACAAGCUUUUUGUUCGGCCAGAGGGCUGGUGGCAACAACUGGGCAGAAGGUCGCUACACUGAAGUUGCCGAAUUGGUGGACUCGAUUCUUGAUGUUGUUCGCAAGAUAUAUUCGUAAUUAGUGUGCUUAAAUAUUAUUGCUUUACCUAUGAA